AUGGAUGGAACCAAUGGCAGCACCCAAACCCAUUUCGUCCUGCUGGGGUUCUCUGACCGACCCCAUCUGGAGAGGAUCCUCUUUGUGGUCAUCCUGAUCACAUACCUCCUGACCCUCGUGGGCAACACCACCAUCAUCCUGGUGUCCCGGCUGGACCCCCACCUCCACACCCCCAUGUACUUCUUCCUCACCCACCUCUCCUUCCUGGACCUCAGUUUCACCACCAAUUCCAUCCCCCAGCUGCUCUACAACCUUAAUGGAAGUGACAAGACCAUCAGCUACACGGGCUGUGCCAUCCAGCUCUUCCUGUUCCUGGGUCUGGGUGGUGUGGAUCUCCUGGCCGUCAUGGCCUAUGACUGGUUUGUGGCUAUCUGCAAGCCCCUGCACUACAUGGUGAUCAUGAACCCCAGGCUCUGCCGGGCCUUGGUGUCAGUGGCCUGGGGCUGUGGGGUGGCCAACUCCUUGGCCAUGUCUCCCGUGACCCUGAGCUUACCCCGCUGUGGGCACCACGAGGUGGACCACUUCCUGUGUGAGAUGCCCGCCCUGAUCCGGACGGCCUGCGUCAGCACUGUGGCCGUCAAAGGCACCGUGUUUGUCCUGGCGGUGGGCGUUGUGCUGUCCCCCUUGGUGUUUAUCCUGCUCUCUUACAGCUGCAUUGUGAGGGCUGUGUUAUGAAUUCGGUCAGCAUCAGGAAGGCAGAAGGCCUUCAGCACCUGCGGCUCCCAUCUCACCGUGGUCUCCUUUUUCUAUGGAAACAUCAUCUACAUGUACAUGCAACCAGGAGCCAGCUCCUCCCAGGACCAGGGCAAGUUCCUCAUGCUCUUCUACAACAUUGUCACCCUCCUCAAUCCUCUCAUCGACACCCUCAGAAACAGAGAGGUGAAGGGGGCGCUGGGAAGGUUGCUUCUGGGGAAGAGAGAGCUAGGAAAGGAGUAAGGGCAUCUCCACCUGACUUCACCUCCAUCUGGAGCCACUGGCGGCAUCUGGAAGGGCUGAAUUCCGGCUGGUAUGAGCUUGUGACUCCCAACUUGCCU